UUCAGAUCGAUCCUGAUCACCAAUCAUCUUCUCAAGACGCUCCUCGAUUCGACAAGACCACAGCAAACACACCCGCCGUGCUCCUUCUACCAGAUCGAUCGCGACACCAUGUCCGCAGGCGACUACAAGUUUGAGGGAUGGCUCGGGCUUGACCCAUCAGCGGCCCAGGGCAAGAUGCAGUGGGGCGUAUUUGAGCCGAAGCCCUGGGAGGAGACCGAUGUCGACAUCAAGAUCACACACUGCGGCAUCUGCGGCAGUGAUCUCCACACUCUGCGGAGUGGCUGGGGACCGACCCUAUACCCCUGCGUCGUCGGCCACGAGAUCGUCGGAACGGUAGUGCGUGUCGGCUCCAAGGCCGAGGGCGGCCUCAAGGUCGGUGACCGCGUCGGCGUCGGAGCGCAGAGCGAUUCGUGCCUCGGCCGCAAGGGCGACUGCGAACUGUGCUCGUCCAACCUCGAGAACUACUGCCCCCACCAGACCAGCACGUACAACAGCGUCUAUCUCAACGGUGGCAAGUCGUAUGGCGGUUAUGCCCUCUAUAACCGGGCGCCCUCGCAUUUCGUCGUCAAGAUCCCGGACGCCAUCAGCUCGGCCCACGCCGCGCCCAUGCUGUGCGCCGGCGUCACCACCUACACGCCUCUCAAGCACCACGGCGUGGGCCCCGGCAAGAAGGUCGGCAUCGUCGGCCUGGGCGGGCUCGGUCACUUUGGCGUCAUGUGGGCCAAGGCCCUGAAGGCGGACAAGGUCGUCGUCAUCUCCCGCUCGUCGUCCAAGAAGGAGGACGCUCUGAAGCUCGGGGCCGACGAGUUCAUCGCCACCGACGAGGAUCCCGACUGGACCAAGGAGCACGCUUCCACCCUCGACGUCAUCCUCAGCACCGUCUCGUCCUCCUCGAUGCCCCUGACGGAUUACUUGUCGCUCCUGCGCUUCGACGGCACCUUUGUCCAGCUCGGAGCGCCCGACGAAGGCCUCCCUAACCUCAGUCAGGGCCCGCUCAUUUUCAAGCGCAUCAAGAUCACGGGCUCGCUCAUCGGCUCGCCCCAGGACCUCCGGGACAUGUUGCAGCUGGCCGUGGACCAGAACGUCCGGCCCUGGAUCGAUGAGAUCCCGAUGAAGGACGCCAACAAGGCGAUCGUCGACAUGGGAGCGGGCAAGCCGAGGUACCGAUAUGUUCUGGUCAACGAGUCGCAGGAGGCUUCUCAGGUCAAGGCAGGACUGUGA